GUCACGUGCUCGUUGCAAGUAUACCCACUAGGACUUGGAUUUUUUGUAAAGAUGAAAUCAGCAAUAGUCAACGUCAGGCAUAUUCCUAGUCUAAGUAGUCGCCCUGUUCAUGUAAGUUCAUGUCGGAGUUCUCUGCAUCUCUUUUUGCCGACAUGCCGUCUGACCUACGGCUCUCCAUGGACACCCCGAUCCCAACACAGCACUAGCUAG